AUGCCUGCGUGCAAGAAACACGGUAUCGUCUUCCAAUCCUCCUCGGCCCUCGCCCAAGGUCGUCUGUCGGGCAAGUACAUCGAGAACAACCCGCCACCCAAGGAAGGAAUACCGAUUCAGCAGCUACGAUAUGGAGCACGUAGAACUAGCCUCGGAGAUCCUCCGCUCCGCUGUCUUGCUGCGAAGUACAGUGUCGGUGUCAAGGCAGUGGCCAUGAACUGGAACAUCUGCAAAGGAGCACUACCGGUGGUAGGGGUCAGGAAGGAAAGCCAGGCUCUGGACCACAUGCGGGCGCUGGGUUGGAGACCGACCAAGGAAGAGAUUGCAGAACUCGACUCAAAGGGGUUCAAGGGGGAGACCACCAAGAUUUGGCACAUGGCAGCAGGGAUAGUUCAAGUAAGCACAUUUUCUCAUCGAACUCUUAUUUGA